CACAUCUCUCUUGCUCUGUUCCUAACGCAUUAUUGCAUGAAAAGCAUGUCUUCUGAACAACCAAUCAAAAACCCUUAUGCGGAUCUCAUCUCCCAGGAGAUCUCCAUCAUUCCUUCGUUCACCCUGGAGUCCGGAGUCACGCUGCAGAAUCUUCCCGUGGCGUACAAAACCUGGGGAACGCUCAAUGAUGCAAAGGACAACUGUUUAGUACUCUGUCAUGCUCUCACAGGUAGUGCAGAUGUCGAGGACUGGUGGGGACCAUUGCUCGGACCGGACAGAGCAUUUGAUCCUACUCGAUUUUUCAUCUUUUGCGGCAAUGUCAUUGGAUCUCCAUAUGGAACAAUCUCCAGUGUCACCUUGAACCCGGAGACGAAUCGUCCUUAUGGUCCUGAAAUGCCAGGUUCAAGUGUCAAAGAUGAUGUCAGGUUGCACUAUAUCAUUUUGAGGAGACUUGGUGUCGAAUCUAUCGCAGCGGUUGUUGGAGGUUCCAUGGGUGGAAUGACAACUUUGGAAUACCCUCUUAACACUCCUCCGGGUUUUGUCAAAGCUAUCAUUCCUCUCGCUACCUCCGCCCGACAUUCAGCAUGGUGUAUCUCAUGGGGUGAAGCACAAAGACAAUCCAUCUAUUCUGAUCCGGAAUACAAAGACGGUUAUUAUUUCGAGACUCCUACUGGAGUCGACCUGACUCGACAACCAGCGCGAGGUCUGGCCGCUGCUCGCAUGGCGGCACUUCUGACUUAUCGUAGUAGAGAUUCAUUCGAGAAUAGGUUCGGUAGAAGAGCCGGUGUCGGUAAACCCAAUAAAGUACCUAAAGGAGGAGUGAGGAUUAUGGGUGGACCAGAAACUACGGAUCCGAACGCUCCAGGAGAGAGUGAUUUGGCCAGGAGUCCAAGAGAAAUAGCUUGGAGAGAACAUAAUGAUGGUCAUAAGAUUAGUGGGGCGGGACCAUCAAGACGAGGAUCAGAAAGUAGCACAGGGAGUUCGGUCGUCAAGGAUGGGGAGACGACCUUGAUUGUGGACAACAUUAAGUCGAAAACACAAGCAGGAGAUGGACAAUCGAAAUUGGGUACUGGGGGUGAAAGAGCUCCGAAGAUCUUCUCCGCCCAGAGUUAUCUUCGUUAUCAGGGUGACAAGUUCACUGGUCGCUUUGACGCCAACUGUUAUAUUCAUAUCACGAGGAAACUCGACACUCACGACUUAUCACAUCCUUCCGCAUUCCCCCUUUCCCCUGCCCAGCCUACACUUUCAUCAACCCUCAUCCCCCCAGAAGACCCAGAGGAUCCAGAACAGAUCUUCGCCGCUCUUCACAAAGCUCUCUCCCUCCUGCCACCAGCAUUGGUCAUAGGCAUCGAGUCCGACGGUCUGUUCACCACCACCGAGCAGAAAGAACUCGCCGCUCACAUUCCCGAUGCAGAACUCGUCGUCAUUCCCUCACCGGACGGACACGAUGGCUUCCUGCUCGAGUUCGAGGCUAUCAAUGGCUGGAUCGACGGAUGGAUGCGACGAAAAAUGCCUACAUUCUUCGCACAACGAGUGAUAUCUUUAGACGAAUAUGACAAGGGUGAAGAAGGUUGGGACAUUAAGAAAGAAAGUGUAUUCGGGGAAGCUGAAGCAGACGUCACACGAUGGUAACUAGUCAGUCAAUCAAGCGCCGUUUCAUUAUAUCAACAUCUCUCGAAAAAAUCUGCAUAUGUCUAUUUUCCAGUACAAACCUAGUCAGAUCAUAUACAAUUCCGAUGUCUACAUAUAAGGGUCGUCGCUACUACUGAGACGAGUCAUCGUUACUCAUGAUGGGGAUGAUGCAAGGAAUGACUGAGAGGGGGAUGCUCCUCGGGUUCAGACUUGACCCUGUGAUUAUCUUCGGCUUCCCACUUCUCACUUUUACCAUCCCAUCCCACACCCUCAACCUUGAGCUUCUGACUCCCGAGCCUGGCGCUGAAGAACCGUCGGCCAUGUUCGCCUGGGACGACCCUCUCCUGGGUUUCCUCCAACCAUCCUCGCACGCCAGUCCGCAGGUUGACAUAAUUGACAGGUCCACCUUGUGUCGCAGUUUGUAGAUGUAGGUACAGUCUAUGAGCGAGGAAAAGCAGCAGGAGGGCGGAAAGACCACAUGUGGAGAGAAAAGCGGUGAAGAGGAGGACAGGAAGGAGGAGGGAUACUGGUUCAAAUCAGUAUCUUGCUUUCUUCGUCUCGAUAGGAGACUUACUCGAGAUGAAGAGUACACCCAUGACAGAAAGACAGAUCAUAAUU